AUGAAACUCCGCAAGGUCUGUAAGACUCUACGUACUCACGUGGAUACUACCGAAUUUGCGUUCCACGACUUCCACAUCCACAUCCGUUUCCAUGAAGUACAUCUGGACAGUCACAACGGACGCUUCGAAGCAUUCUAUAAACAAAUCGAAGAGAUGAAGUUCGCAGUCUCCAACAAUAUCAAAGAUGGUAAAAACGACCGGAUUUUCGAUUUCGAUGAGCUCUCGAAUAUUCUGGAAAACGACCUCAAUAUCAUAUUUGCGAACCCAAAAAGAACAGUGCAUUCCCUCACGGUUACUGUAGACGUGAAUGACGAACCCAAAGAGGAGUUGGCUCUUCUCGACCAUACCGCUGUAUUCCAGUGUCUCAAUGAGUUCCUGGCGGAAAAUGGGCGGCGCUUGAAAGUCCGGACACUCAACAUUCAGUUUUACGAGUACGAACAAGUCUGGUCAAUUCUCCUUCAUCUGGAGCCGGGCACCCUGAAAUCGAUGAUUCUAGAAUACAGCUACUCGGGCUGUAUCGCAAGUCUCGACUAUUUUGAUGAGAUGUUUCAGACGGAACAAUGGAAAGCGAUGAAAGAGUUCGAGUCGUAUUCAAUUUUGUUCCGUUGGGAGUAUCUCGCGGAUUUUGCGCAUUUCAAUAGGGUCGACAUGUUCCAGGUCGAGCAAUUUUGUGUGGACCAUGUUGAACGUUUGACAGAGGUUCUCCUCCGCAACCCAUCGCUCGACCAAUUCUCCCUCAACACAGGCUCCUGGCGCUCCGACCCCCGUCGUCCUGUCGACGUCAUCAACCACCGUCAUAACGUCUACAACUACACGAAACCAUCGGAACCCGGAUGGAUCUAUUUCCCAUAUCCUGGUAGUGAUAAGAAGUUGGCGUUGAAGAUCGACUACGAGUGGAUGAUUUUUAGAGGACCGUGCUAUGUGGCAAGGGACGGGGAUGAUAAGAUAAUUGAGGAAGAUGAGGAGGAUGAGGAGGAAGAGGUUGGGGGAAAUGAUAACAAUGCAGAAGAGAAUCCUCCUGUCUAA